AGCAAAGCUGCUGGACGUUUCCACAUGGAUGUGGAGAAACUCCUCGCUUCAACCGGUUUUAGUUGUAGAAGUGUCCAUUACACAGACAUUAGCGUCCCGUUUACAGCCGUGGUUUGUUUAUAGCUGUCAAUACACCUGCGAGUGUCCAGUUAUCCAUCGUUGGUUUGGGAAUGAAGACUUUGAGAACUUGUUGCUGGAAGGAACACCACUGAUCUGGCUUUUAGCAAACAUAGCAUGAGCUCUUGAUUUCUCUGGGUUUUGUGUAUUUUGCAUUGGCUGUGAUGGCGAUUCAGGGUAUGGAGUUGUUUGCGGUGGCAGUGGUGAUUCUUAUGUUUGUUUUGGUGCUCAAGCAGUUUGGCAUGAGCGAACCGCUGGGGGACGACAGCACUGACAGUGAGCUGGAACUGUCCGCUGUUCGCCAUCAGCCUGAGGGUCUAGAGCAGCUUCAGGCUCAGACUCAAUUCACCAGGAAGGAACUGCAGUCGCUUUACAGAGGCUUCAAAAACGAGUGUCCCAGUGGACUGGUGGACGAGGAGACCUUCAAAUCCAUCUACUCCCAGUUCUUCCCUCAAGGAGAUGCGACCACAUAUGCACAUUUCCUUUUCAAUGCCUUUGACAUGGACCGAAACGGCUCAAUACGAUUUGAGGACUUUGUAAUCGGCCUGUCUGUUCUGCUUCGAGGCUCAGUGACAGAGAAACUGAGGUGGGCCUUCAACUUAUACGACAUUAACAAAGACGGCUACAUCACCAAAGAGGAGAUGUUGGCUAUUAUGAAGUCUAUCUACGAUAUGAUGGGCAGAUACACUUCUCCUUGUGUCAAAGACGACGCUGCUUUUGAACACGUGGAGAAAUUCUUCCAGAAAAUGGACCGAAACAGAGACGGUGUGGUGACCCUUGAGGAGUUCAUUGAGACCUGUCAGAAGGACGAGAACAUCAUGAGCUCCAUGCAGCUGUUUGAGAACGUCAUCUAGAGCUCAGCAUGAAUGAUCCUCCAUCAAACUCUCCACACACACAGACACUUGUGUUUUCUGUUAUCUCCAGCAUGUGAAUGAGUCUUUUGAUUGAUUGUAAUGAAUGCUGUGCACAGUUGUCUGCGAGAGGGGAUACUGCUGUCGCCGUUUUGAUGCUCAUUUGUAUAUAUGUAGAUAAUGUCUGUGCUUUUCAGUUUCCGCCUGGAUUAAUGAACGUUCGCAUGUUUGCCUGCUGUUUGUCUGAGCCGUUGUCAUUUUGUACAAAGGAAUAAA